ACACCUCAAACAAUGUCUUCAUCUCCUUCUUCUUCCUCCUCUCCUCCGCCAACCUCCGGCGACACGCCGCCAUCAAACCUCCCGUUAAAAAAAAUCCCCGGUGACUACGGCCUACCCCUUCUCGGCCCAAUAAGAGACCGAUACGACUACUUCUACAACCAAGGCAAGGACAAAUUCUUCCAAUCCCGAAUCCAAAAAUAUAACUCCACAAUCUUUCGGACCAAUAUGCCACCAGGGCCAUUCAUUGCCCGCAACCCAAACGUCAUCGCCGUCCUCGACGCCGUCAGUUUUCCCGUCCUCUUCGACACCACGAAAGUCGAGAAGAAAAACGUCUUCGAGGGCACGUUCUUCCCCUCCACCGCCUUUACCGGCGGCUACCGCGUCUGCGCCUACCUCGACCCCUCCGAACCCAACCACGCCGUCUUCAAAGGCUGGUUCCUCUCUCUCCUCGCCGCCAGACAUAACAAAUUCAUCCCGCUUCUCCAAAACUCUCUCUCACAUCUCUUCACAAAUGUCGAAGCCGAGCUAUCGAGAAACGGCAAAGCAGAUUUCAACACGUUGAGCGAUAACGCGUCGUUUUCGUACGUGUUCCGUCUGUUUUGCGAUCGUGAUCCGUCUGAUACGAGGAUCGGAUCAGACGGAUCGAACCUUCUCUCGAAGUGGUUGUUCUUUCAACUUGCUCCUCUAUUUACCCUCGGAUUAAAAUACCUCCCCAACUUUCUUGAAGAUCUUUUGCUACACACAUUCCGUUUGCCGUUUUUCCCUGUAAAGUCCGGCUACGAAAAACUCUACGAAGGGUUUUCUACUUCGGCGUCGAAAAUAUUGGACGAAGCAGAGAAACUAGGGAUGAAAAGAGACGAAGCGUGUCAUAAUUUGCUUUAUAUGAGUGGAUUUAACUCAUAUGCAGGAAUGAAAGUUAUGUUUCCAGGUUUAAUCAAGUGGAUGGCAACCGCAGGGGAGAGUUUACACCGGCGUCUGGCGAAUGAAAUCAGGACCGUUGUUAAGUCCGAAGGCGGGGUCACUUAUUCAGCCUUGGCGAAAAUGAGCUUGGUGAAAUCAGUGGUGUACGAAGCGUUGAGGAUCGACCCGCCCGUUCCGUUCCAGUACGGUCACGCUAAGACGGAUAUGGUGAUCCACAGCCACGACGCUGCAUUCGAGAUCAAGAAAGGGGAGAUGAUCUUCGGAUAUCAGCCAUGCGCGACGAAAGACGGGAGGGUAUUUGAGAAUCCGGAGGAGUUUGUGGGGGAUAGGUUCGUCGGGGACGGGGAGAAGUUGCUGAAGUAUGUGUAUUGGUCGAAUGGGAGGGAGACUGAUGAUCCGACGACGGAGAACAAGCAGUGUCCGGCGAAGGAUAUGGUGGUGCUAUUGGGCAGGGUACUGUUGGUGGAGUUUUUCUUGAGGUAUGAUACGCUUACUGCUGAGGUUGGGACGUCGUUGUUGGCAUCAUCGGUGACGAUUACGUCGCUGUCCAAGGCCAAGUCGACUGCAUGAUUAUAUAAAGGCCCUUAUGUAUGGUCUAACCUGUUUAUACGCAAUGGAAUUUCGAAUCUCGGAGACCGUUAUUUACGUAAUUAUCUGCCGAUACGGUCCUAUAUUGGUUCAUAUAUGACUGUUUUACCAAUACUGUUACGAUUUCUGUUACCGCGAUUUAAAACCUGGAUGUGAUGUGUUUUCUGAAAUUUGUUAAAUCUCGUUUUGUUAAUUUGUUUAUGUUGGAGAUAGUGGAAAUUGUAAACUUGAUGGGAUAAAGAGUAGUUAA